AUGUCCGCGCUCAACCCGCCAUCACGCGCAGGCGCCUGUACACAUUGGCUCUCGACCACCACAUGGCCACAAGCGCAGAUUUUUACUCUUGCUGGUCUCUCGCGGGCACUCGCCGCACUCAUGGCCACAAGCUCAGAGUUUUACUCUCGCUGGUCUCUUAACAACUUCAUCGACACGAUCACGUGCACCGGUUAUGCGUCGUGCGGUUCGCAUUCUCAUGCUGGGUAG